CCCCCCCCCCCAUGUCUGCGAGGAUAACUAGGCCUAUAUGUAGUUGCAUCUGGCUUGCCUGUGCCAACGGCGUCGUAUCAUCAGACCAUGACUGAAAAAAACUCCGAAUCUGCGAUUGAUUUCCCGGUAUUCCAUUGGCCUGUCUUUCGAGGAAAUGAUUCGCAAGCCGCUUCCUUUCACUUUGAGUCGUGUUGUAGUUCAGCUAUAUCAGACUGGGGAUUAGGUGUUCGUAUAAGAGUAUCAAAGUUGCAGUUCAAUAUGGCAGCAACAGCCAAACUAGAGACCCAAGUCUGCCUGAUCUGCCUUGAAGAAGCCGAGCAUCUGAAAGUGGUUGGGGAGUGCGAGCACGCAUUCUGUGAACCCUGCUUGCGGACCCACCUUAAAGAAAGUGACUCAAAAGAAACGUUCCUAUCUUGUCCGUCGUGCCACUGCGACUGUUCAAUACCAGCAGGAGGAGUAGGAGCUCUACCCGAAGUCGUCCCAACUAAGGCAAAUUACGCUGUUGAUGAGGUCUUGGAGGCGAAUGUUGGUCAUGAUGAUGUAGUGAAGCAUGUCACCUACGACGUUGAGGAUGAGGAAACAACUGAAUUCCCGCUAAAAGAUUGCACUCUCUGCAAUUCGAAAGAUCAACAUGCCCCAAGCGGUGCCAAACGAUUUUGUGAGGAAUGUGAUGUGUAUCUCUGCGAAGGAUGUAGCGCUGUGCAUGGGCAAAAGAGUGGUACAAAGAGCCAUAUUUUGACAGUUGUUGGUACAGCAACACGUUCAAGUGCCGGACUUUGCGGGCAACAUGAUGACAGGCCUUUGAAGAUGUUCUGCCAGCCUUGUGCCACACCAUGUUGUGGUUUGUGCGUCGCAAAUGACCAUGGUGACCAUGACGUCUGCCCGAUCAGGAAUAUGCUUGAUGCCGCCAUUUUCCGUCUAGAGAAAGCGAUGGAACAAGGAAAGUCAAGGGUAAAUGACCUUGACAUCAAAGAAUCUACUGUAUUUUCGACCAGGAACGCCAAACUGGAAUGGAAAAUGACUGUGAUCCGUACUGUUGAAAAGAGGGCAGAAGAAUGUGUGAAUAACAUCUUGAAACAGAAGGAGAAUCUUCUGAAGACCAUCUGUGAUGAAUGUGAGACGUCAGCUGAGGAGAAGUACCUUUGUGGCGUGGCAAGGAUUCGCAGAGAGAUCAGCACGCGAGUUGAUGAAGGGGCCAGAUUGAUUUCUUGUGCCCAGGCUGACCCAAAAUAUCUUAAACGCCUAAGUGAAAUGGAAGACAAGAUAGCGAAAGAGUUGGUAUCCGAGGCGAAUGUUCUCCCUGAAAUAGAUAUGGACUGUACCAGACCAAUCUCGUUUCUAGAAGAGAGUGAUCCUGUUAGAAGCAUUGGUUCGAUGACGAAGAAUGCGUUGCUUCGAGCCACCAAGGUCCACGAUCUUCAGACGCCAACAGAGAUAGAAUUCAUCGCCAUCCCCGAGGUUCGCUGUCUUGGCGAGUUGGGAUAUGCAGCAAUCUGUCGGCAGGAAGUAGGGGUAUUCCCUGACCAACUGGUGAUAUUUGACAAGGAUGGUGAACUUAAAAUCGUCGAACAAGAUCUCCCAAAGGUGAUCGGAAUGGAUGUUGAUGCACAAGAUAGAACUGUCUUGCUCCUUCCUGGUAAGAAAAAUCGCUUCUUCUUAAUCAGAGUGUAUGAUACCAAAACUGUCACUUCCGAAUCGACCAAGGAAUUCCUUCUUCCGGAACCUCUCUCCAUGACGGCAUCCCCUGAAGGCUUCUACGUCCUUUCAGAAGGGCCAGGAGGCAACCGAAUCAUUUCUGCAAUAGAUACGACGGGCAACAUCACAGAAAGCACUUCUGUUGCCUACCCAGCCGAAAUCAGGAACCAUAAUAGGAUUGCCUGCAGUUCGAAGUAUAUAUACACCAUAGGAUCGAAUAUGUCAUCGUUUAUUGCCACCUUUCGCAUGAUCGACAGAAAGAUAAUGCUCUGGGAUCUUAUCAAACACAAUGAUUUGAACGAACUCAGGGACAUUUCUGUGACCCUCUUCGAUAGGACGUUCGUCCUUCAACGCAAUGGAAGUGGAAAAAACAAACGAAGUGCAGUUCCCAUAACCUUUGGCAGCAGUUUGUCCGGUACGCGACCUGGUUUCAGCUUUGCCAGCGCUUACCAUUACACCAGUUUGAUGGAUACCCAAGCAAAGGAAAAGACAUUACAUAAUAUCUCUGGGGUGGAGUUGGGUGGAACACGCAUUCACGUCCAGAAUCACAACCUUCUGUGGACCAACAACAAGGAAAUCCUCGUCUACAAGCUGCAGUGUUAGAUCAUCAAUCGAGGACCUGGCAUGCCUGAAUUAUCUAAGUAUGAUAAUGUAAUAUUGUAGAUUUUUUAAGGGUUUAAGUGUCGACGUUUAGGAAACAUUACAAACUAGUAUAGUUGAUUUUCCAGAAGGAUUAACAAUAAUUUAGGAAGAAUGUUUUGAUGUUAAACCGUGAUCCUGAUGUUAGAGGAAUAUCAACAAUGUAUUUACAAAAUUCUACAACAAGGAACUACUAUAGAAAACAAUAUUUAAUGGCACAUUAACAACUUCAGUCAACCAACUUCGUCAUGUCAUAUUUAUGACUGCCUCUAAGUGCAACAAUUUGUAUCACACCCAUAAGAAAAGAUUACACUUCUUUCACCAGUACUUGAUGUUUAUGUUAUGCCAAGCUGUUUCCGCACGACGGUUGACUUUUAGAUUAUUCUGAGUUAUUUAAUGGUGAAAUCUAUCGACCAAAAUACAUGUACAUGUAUAACCUUGUAGUUUAACUUCAAUCGUACCGCUAGUACAUGCACAAAUAAUACACAUACAGACUACUAUCUCA